ACAUCCCGCGUCAAGAUUGUGCCUCCCGUGACGCCGACGGGUUUUUCAACAUUCCUUAACAAUUCACCUACAUGUCGUUAAUUAUCUGUGGGCACAACGCUUCCGCUGCUUUCGACCCGAGCAUAUUUUACUCUGCAAUAUCUCGCUCUUUUCUCACUGCUGACUGUGGAACCCCUUGCAAUAACAGCACCUUUCAAUCAUUGGUUACAUUUAGGACGCCGUACACAGCAUACACGAUACUCGCCGACUUUAUCGUAUUCGAUGAAUUGCAAGGGUUCAAUACUGUCCUGGGUCUACAAAUUUGGCAGUCUUGCGAAAGACUUAGUUGCACAAACUUUGUUUUGGCCAUACCCCGUAUUCAAUCCGCCCUUUGCAUACCGUUACCCCUUUUUCCGUCUCGGGCUUCGUUGGGCUCGGUUUCGUCACCUUCUGUUCCCUCUGGAGGCCCAUUCGGUUCGACCUUGUCUACACAUGUUACGACUCAAGCUGCAUUGACCGAUGGUCUCAUAAUAGCUGCACCCCAGUUGGCACACCGUCCUUCUGAUAAUAUAUCUGGGUCUUUUACACCCACUGCCUCGUCGUCUACGUUGACUGAUCAGCCCUGUGCGAGCACGUUCUGCAAACAUGAUGGUAUUUCUUCCGCGGAGUCAUUGACUGGUUCCUGUGCAACUGUAGCUUCGUCGUCGUCGUUGCCUGAUGAGCUCACUGUCAGCUUGUCGUCCAUGCAGUUGCUCCGCGCCUCGUUACUCUGUAAUUCAAUUACUGGUAUCCGGUGUUCUGCUUUUGUACAAGACAUUUCUUGUUUAACAAGGUCACUGCUUUGCUUACAAUGAUAAUAAUCCUCAUGCUUGUCGGGCCUUUGCCGCUGAUUUUACUUCCAAAUCCGAUUAUUAUAGGUCAAUUGCCGAUCUCGUUCGUUCUUCUAAAGCUUCAGAUCUUCCGGUGGACAAGCUUAAAAUUAUGCUGGAAUCUGUAUGCAUUAAAGAUAAUUAUCAGACCCGCGACACCCGUCGUCAAAUGUUACGCAGUUUACAGAGAUAUUUGUCUCGUGUGCAGAUUAUGAACGUUGAUGAGAGUAAAGUGUUACCGUCCCGCGCGACUGAUAUACUCACAGGCCUCGAUAAAUUCCCAAUAUCUGUUCUUCUGCUAUAUUGUCGGCAGCAUGGUGUCGAAGUUUCAAUUGCCACUGCUACGGUUACUCGCGUCCGUGAUCUGUUAG